CACUGAAACCCGCAGUCAGUCAGGAAGAGGAGGGUUUUAUCACCUGAUGUGACUGUUAACUGAUCAAAGGCUUGAUUCAUUUUGUAAAGCAGCACCAUGAAGGGAGCAUCUCUACUACGGCUGAUCUUUCUGAAUUCACUGCUGAGCUGCACAACAAACCAAGCUCAUCUGAAUGUGAGUCCCAGCAGCUCUCAGCUGUUUACAGAUGACUUUGUGUCUCUGAGCUGUGAGGAGGACGACAGCUCUGCUGGAUGGACUCUGAGGAGAAACACAAGCACAGAAACCAGAGCUGAGUGUGGAGCUGGGUUUGGAAAGCUAAUUGGUUCUUCCUGUGACAUCAGCUACAUUGACCCACUGGAGAGUGGAGUUUACUGGUGUGAGUCCAGAGAGGGUGCCAUCAGUAACAUGGUUAACCUCACAGUCUCUGGUGGAUCAGUGAUCCUGCAGAGUCCUGUCCUCCCUGUGAUGGAGGGAGAUGACGUCACUCUGCUCUGUCAAACAAAGACCACUCCCUCCAACCUCACAGCUGCUUUCUAUAAAGAUGGCUCCCUCAUCAGGAAGCAGCCUACAGGUCACAUGACCAUCCAGCAUGUUUCCAGGUCUGAUGAAGGCCUCUACAAGUGUGUGAUCAGCGGUCAUGGAGAGUCUCCAUCCAGCUGGAUCACUGUCACAGAAAAAUAUACCACAACACCCAUGGCCACCUCCUCUGUCCCACCUACCAUUAUGCCUGUGCAGACCUCAAUGACCCAUCCCAAACUUCUCUUCAGAGUGGUCCUCCACCUGGUGGUAUUCUGUCCAUACUUCAUCUCCACUCUUCUGAUGGUGUCUUUAUACCGACACAGAGGAAUGCGCCUGCAUGUCUCUAUGGUAAAGACCCCAUCCACUCAGGCUGGACAGGGAUUGGAUAAUGACUAUGAAGAUGUAACUAUCCAGGAUCUUCUCUGA